UCCUAUCAAACACGACAUGGCCAUCUCCUUGACCUACCUAGAUGCCGACUAGCCUGGACUCAAAAGGGCUACCCCUACUACACAAGUAAGCUGUUGAUGAUGAUGUCUCCGUGAUUGCAGCCCACGGGAGAUGUUCACAAUUUAUUUUCUGCAAUCACCUAUUCAACUGUAUUUAAGCUGCAAUCACCAGGAAUUUUCUCCUUAGGGGUGGGGGCCGCUCGAUUAAUUGGACCUAGGGCCGCAGGGUUCAGUAUGCCACUGUCGUGCUUUUCGUGGUGUCAGUCAACUGAAGAAAAGGCAAUUCGGGAAAUUGAUUUAUCAAAUUCUGCUCUUCAUGAUGUCCCACCCUCAAUUUUUCUUCAUGAACGUACUCUUGAUACUCUCCAUCUGAGUUCUAAUAGGAUUCGCGACCUUCCAUUGCCUCUAUUUUACUGCCAGAGUAUUCAAUAUUUGAAUCUCAGCGACAAUGACAUCGCUCACUUACCAACUGCCAUAGGAUCUCUUGUUCACCUGAAAAAUCUAGAUCUGAGUAGAAAUUGUAUAGAGCAAGUCAAUGAAGCCAUAAAAGGAUGUAAGAAGUUAAGUUCUCUAAAUCUUAGCAUGAAUCCGCUGAGACAGUUUCCUGAACCUGUUACUCAGCUGAUUUCAUUGGAGGAGUUAUAUCUUAAUGACACAACGCUAGACUAUCUUCCUGCCAACGUCGGGAGACUGGUGAAGCUACGAAUACUUGAACUACGAGAUAACAGACUGUCCACCCUACCUCGCGCUAUUGCUAGGUUUACUAGAUUGCUUAGGCUUGAUAUAGGCCAGAAUGAUUUCACCUAUCUGCCAGAGGUGGUGGGAGAGCUAACUGAGUUACAUGAGUUAUGGCUUGAUCUCAAUGGAAUGGUUGAAGUUCCUAUGUUUAUAAGACAUCUGAAGAAGUUAAAUCAUCUAGACAUUAGCGAAAAUGUUUUUGAAGAUGUUCCUGAGGGGAUCGGUGAAUGUUCGCAGUUGACUGAACUAACUCUGACGUCAAACGACAUACGAGGCUUGCCAGCCGCAAUUGGGAAGAUUAAAAAUCUAGUUACAAUGAAGCUCGAUCUUAAUGAUAUUCACAUGCUGCCAAAUUCCAUUGGGGAACUAGCAUGUUUGGAAGAACUCUACUUAUCCGCCAACAAACUAGAGACCUUGCCCACAUCCAUAGGACUGCUGCGCAAUCUAAUCUGUCUUGAGCUGGACUCAAACCGCAUCAGCUACCUGCCUCCUGAACUAGGGAGCUGCAUCAGCCUCAGGAUACUCACAAUUCAAAACAACCUUUUGAGGUACAUUCCGGCAGAGAUAGGCAACUUGACUAACCUGACUGUACUAAGCCUAACCAACAACAAGUUGCGAAGUCUGCCUAUGUCUGUACUCAAGUUGAGACGACUCAAGGCUCUAUGGUUAGUCUACAACCAGAGCAAGCCUCUGACUCCGUUAGUCAAGGAGUACGACCCCAAGUCUCACUCCAUGGUGCUCACCUGCUACCUGCUGCCUCAAACUGACUAUCUGCAAGACUCCUUCACGUAUGUUCCUGGCGAUGAAACGCCUGGCAGAGCUCAGAAGCAGAGGAGCCUCGACAGACCAAAGAUAAGGUUUUCUAUAAGUACAACUCAGGAGAGGCAAAGUGUGUUGAUGAGAGCUCCAACUCCUUAUCCCAGGAAACUUAGAGAACUGGCUAAAUUUGCACGAGCUAUAACAUCACAAACAAAUAAUUCACAGCUUGAACAACAAGGAGAAGUUCAAGUAUUAAAUGCCAAUGGUACCAACCCAUUAGUGGAUCAAGUUCGGACUGCUGUCAAGAAACAAACUCCUUCAGUGGCUAAUAGUUCUGUAACGAAUGACUUACCCAGAGGUUCAGAAAUUCCAGCACAAAGGCGUCAUCACCCGCCGCCAUACCACAUAGCCAAGACCUUCUCCAAACAAGCAAGCCUCUUCCAGAACGACAGCUCAUUUCACAAAGAAGAAAGAAGGACAGAUCUUGACAGUGAAGCUCUGUCCACUCUAAAAGACGAGUUACUACAAAGUCUGCCUCCCAACGACUGCCAGAUGUCACAGUCUGAACAGUCAGGAAGUGUAGAACUGAUCUACCCUCCGGCCAACGAAACCAGCAGCGACCGAGUGUGUUCUGUGGCGAUGAGUGACGUCGACAGUGCGUUUGUGGACAAUGUCGACUCUAAUUACAGAACAUUAGAAGUAAGCAGAUCUGUGAACCACACUCCAGGGCCGUGUCAGUACGUGAGUGACGGGACAUACUCGGCAUACCCGGGAAUAGUCAUUACGGAAAGUCCGUCCAACGAUCUACCUUCGGAAAACAAUGAUUUACAAUAUGACUUCAGCAACUACCCCAUUUCAAAAGUGAGUAGUUGGUUGAUAUCAAAAACCAAAAGUCCGGUGAACACUGAAAGCGGCUGCGAGUUUAUAAAUAUGUACCCGUGUGAAAACCGUGAAAAUGAUAGCAACCAAGUUCAAGGUCCGAGUUCGUCUAUGGCUGUGAUCAAUAAGAAGCAGGAAGAAUGUCCUCUGUCACCAGACGUCGUAAGGCCUGCCAAGCCUUGGCUGUUUGGAGUUCAUAAGAAUCCCAAAGUUGUAGAGGUAGUAAUCAACAAAACUGGACCAGACUUGGGAUUCGAGAUCUCAGCUUCAUAUGCUGGUGUUUUCAUAAAAAAUGUUUCGCCACACUUGAUGGAUAAAUUGAAGGAGGGGGACAAGAUUCUUCAGGUAGAGGGUCCUGAGGUGAAUGAUGCCAGCAACAUCCUACAAAUUUUAAAUGCCCUUAAAGGUAUGGUCGGUCCAUUCUCCAUGAUGAUCUCACGUCAAACGUAACUCGGUUAGUCUUCUAGUCUCAACUAUUUUAACAAAUGACCAAAGUAUUAAUUUUUGACAUAGUGUUUUUUUUUUUGUUGAAACUGACAUAUUGAGAUAUGUCUGUGUAGUUUUGUUGGUCAGUAAGACUUUGUUUUAAAUUUAUUAAUUUUUUAAUCUCUAGUUUGUAUUAUUUGUUUACAUGUUUUUGUAAACACUAACAGUAUUUGUCAUUAAUGUUGUAAGAAAAAUAAUUUGAUUUAACAUCAAUAUAGUCCAUAAUAGUUUAUUCAGUACUUGUUAGGGAUGGAUCUCUAAGUUUAGUUUGGAUUUGAUUUAAAUUUCUGUGAUAAAAGAAAAGAUAAAAGGUAUAAUUUUAUUUUAAACACUAUUACAGAUCUACGUUUUAGAAAGUAAUGGUUUUAUGAGGUAAAGGCUGAACAUUCGUUAAACCUAAAAAAGGUGACGUUGAUGCAAGUAAUAAGAAGUAAGUUUUGUUUAACUUUUCUUGUCAAUUAACUUAGUUUUAACCUUUUCUGUUUAGAAAAUUUAAAAGAUUUUCUAUCAUAUGAAUAGGUGUGUAUUUUUAUCUAAUUUUAGGCUUUCAUUUUUAUUUUAUUUUAAUCCAAAACCUUAAGCAUUUUAAAAAUUUCUCAGUCAUAUUGACUUUUAUGAUGGCCAAAAAAAUAGUUCAUAAUUUGUAUUCCAUCCAACUGGUGUUCCUCCAUUGUAUUUGUCCAGAUCCAGAAUCUAGGCUAAUUUUAUUCUAAACUGUUUAGUGUUUAGUGAUAUACAUUUAUAUAGUGCUUUUAAAAAUAUUUUUCAAACAACAUCUUACUAAUUUGAGGUCACAAUAAAAUGUGAGGGAAUCUUAGCAGUAUUUUUGUUUUGUUAUAUAUUUUGUUGUUUUGUAGUUAAAAGGUACUUAUUUGUAAGUAAUUUAUUUUUGUGAAUACAUAUUUUUUAAUACAAUUUUUUUUUAAGUGCCAGGGUGCAUUUAGUACUUGUUAAAUAGUUUGAAUUCUGUACAUAUUAUUAUGUAAUUGUAUUAACAUUUUAGCUAAUUCAUUCCUUCUAAGUAUUAGGGGACUCAACCCUGUUGUAAGAUAGCUUUAUUUAGAUGACCAGUUUUGAGAUCUAAGUCUAUGUUGUAUUACCCCAAGUGGAGGUUUUCAGUUCUCUUGAGGUAUUACUUGGUGAGUGUCUCUUGAGGAGAUAGAAGUUAAUAUGUUCUCUCUAAAUUCAUUAUGUGUAAAAAAAGCCCUCACAGUGACUGUUACUAAAAGUAGCAGCUCUAUGUUGGCUGAUAAAAGAGUACUUAUUCAACAAUUUGAAAACUAAUUGUUCUGAAAGUUAAGGUUUAUUUGUCUUAUAUUGAUUAUGUUUUAAAAUUUAAUAACCCCAACUAUAAUACAACCAACCAAUAAUGUUGAAGACAUAGAUUGUUUGUAUACAUUGGUAUAUUUUUGAAAUAUUUAACUAAACUUUACUUUAUCCAGCAUGGACUCAAUUAACUUGACAAUUUGAUGAUAUAUUUAGUCAGGAUCACUUCCUGUUAAUUACAAAACCAACAUUGGUAAAUAGAUUUUGUAAAAAUUUGAAAGUUUGAAUUUUUUGUCGGUAUAUUUUAAUUCAAACAACCUCUUUUAUAAAUAAAUACAAUUUUAUAUUCUAUUGCCAGGAGAAACUAUCCAAACAACCUUGUUUUGUUUAUUGUAACUUCAGAAAAGACAAUUGUUAAAUUUAAAUCUAAAAUAAUGCUGGACAUACAUUUUAAAGAUGGGUUAUUGAUUUUAGUUUAAUGCGUAGACAAUGUUUUUAGUUUGAUUAAUAAAAGUUAUGUCUGAAAACUAACAGUAUUAGAUAGUAUAUAAUAUGACUACAAAACGUCGUUAUGUUCACCUUUUUAACAAAAUGACUAGUAUUUAAAACAUAAGUGUGCUUUGACUAAUAGUAUUAUUUUUUAUGUAUAGUCAAGUUUAGUUUGUAAUCCCUAGAGUUUUUACAUUCUGUUGACUAAUGUAACUUUCUUUUUUAUGUGUCUUAAUUUCUAUCAAAACAGUUUUUAUUUUCAUUGUUUUUCAUGUUCUUUGUUUAAAUUAAAAACCUUAAAAGUUGUUCUAUUGUUUAAACAAAUUAAAAAAGUUGUAUUAAGUUCCAAUAGAUAUACCUACUGGUUGUGACUAAAUUUAGAUUGGUUGUGAUUUAUAGAUAUUUUGGUUUCAUAUUUUGAAUUAUUACUAAGAAGAAGAAACAAUUUUAUUUUACAAUAAAAACUUAAAA